GUCAAAUCCAGUCAUAAUCGUGUUGCAAGGUUAUGUAGUAAAAAUGUGCGAAUUGAAUUUGCUCUACUGCAUGAUUAAUGUAUUAUCUAUCGUGCUAAAUAAAUUGCAACAAUGAGUAAAAUGACUACAAAGGACCAUAAUAUGAAAACUCAAAAAGAAACAUUGAAUAAAAUGAUUGCAAAGAAACGUAUACCUACAAAGACAUUGUAUAACCAAAAAUUUACUGCACCUUUAAAAAAGAAACGUAAAAAUGCGUACGAUCCAAAAGAAGAAGCCAGGUUAGAACGAAUCGUAUUUGGUGAUCCAAGUGACAUUAUAAACAAUUUAGUAAAUGAUGAAGAUUUCACUGAACCAAAUAAAAACAAAAGUAUCGAUGAUUUCGAUACACGAAGUGAUGUUUGUACAAAAUUACAGAAGAAAGAAGCAUGGUUGGAUGAGGAUGAUGUACAAUAUUCAGUACGAGAUGCUACAAAGGCACAGAAUCGUAAAUUACCUGCUGAUAUACCAGAAAAAUUGUAUAAAGAUUUUCUACAUAACAAAUACAAACAAAUUGUGGGUACUCCAAAAUGGGCUGAGAUGAAGAAGACAGAUAAAGACUCUGAUGAUUUAGAUGAUGAAAUAUUAAAGCAUAGUUGUCAUUUGGAAAAACCUAAAGUGAAAAAUUUGCCAAAGAGCAUAAUUGAUAUUAAAGCACUAACUCCAAUCAACAAACAAACCCAUACAGAAGGUCCUAUUGUUUCGAGUCUUGAAUUUCAUCCAUCUUCCACUGUAGCCCUUGUGGCUGGUACAUCUGGAAUUUUGUCCCUUUUUCAAAUAGAUGGUAUCGAAAAUAAUAAACUACAUUCAAUGCAAUAUAAAAAAUUUCCUAUUAGUACAGCAAAAUUUGUUAGGGAUGGUACAGAAGUUUUAAUUGGUUCUCAAUAUUAUGGACACUGUCAUUCCUAUAAUUUAAUUAGUGGUAAAACACAUAAAAUACAAUUACCACAUGGAAUUACUAAUAUGAAGAAAUAUGAAGUAUCUCCAGAUGGAAAAUUGUUAGCUCUUUGUGGUCGUUUAGGUGAAAUUUUUUUAUUGACAAGUUCGUCGAAAGAACUUAUUGGUAGUUUGAAAAUGAAUUCAAAGUGUAGGACAAUAUGUUUCACUCCAGAUGGUAAAACUCUCAUUACACACGGUGAUGGUAAUAAAAUGUACAUUUGGGAUGUAAAUAGUCGGUCAUGCGUACAUCGUGCUGUGGAUGAUGGAUGUUUGUCUUGUUCAUCCAUUGCAAUGUCUGCAAGUGGUCAAUUUUUGGCAACAGGUAGUAAAGAAGGAGUGGUUAAUAUAUAUGACUCAAAAACAGUGUUGCAAAGUCAACAGCCUGUUCCUUUGAAAAUUAUUUUAAACCUUGUAACAUCUAUUACUAGUUUAAAGUUUAAUUCUUAUUCCGAAAUAUUAGCAAUUGCUUCAGACAAAAAACAUAAUGCAUUUAAAAUGGUACAUUUACCAUCAUUUACUGUCUUUUCAAACUUUCCCACAUUUCAAACAAAUAUGUUAAUGCCAGAAGCUAUCGAUUUUUCACCAGGUAGUGGUUAUUUAGGAAUUUCUAAUAAAUCGAGUAGUGCCUUUUUAUACAGAUUAAAGCAUUAUGGAAAUUACUAG